CUUGAGUGGAAAUGGGCCUUUAAUCCAGUUACGAGAAGCAAUCUCGGAAAGUAGCUUUCUUUUUCAUAUUGGUAUACGCAGAUAUUAAGUGAAUUUAUUGGUAUACGCAGAUAUUAAGUGAAUUUACACUUUUCUAUAGCGCUAUGAUUUCCACAGUAUAAUGCAUUAUGGCUCGGACUUCUUCGCCAAGAGAGGUGGUGUGGACACAAUAGUACCCAAACUUCGUGGGAUAAAGAAAGAAGAACUUGGAAAACAAUAUUAUUCACGUUAUACGUUUGCCCUUAGUAAUCAAGAUGUCAUUCAGACGAACCUCAUGUAUCGCUGUAAUAUAUUUAAUGGUAACUAUUUCUUUUUAUCCAGAUCCUAUCCCAGACUUCCUGGGGUCACUCUGAUUCUUGCCUUUAUUUUUUUCAUAAUCUUGUCAAGUCAACAGUUAGUACCUUGACAUUUAGAUCUCUCUUCACGCGGUCCACUCAUCUCUUCUAUGGUCUCUCACGUCCUUUGUCCUCCUUUACCUCGAGUUUUACAAUGUCAUUGACCGGUUAUCUUUCAUAUCUUAUUCCUUGUAAAUACCAUCUCGGCAAUUCACACCUCCCUCUCAACAAGUCUUCAAUGAACUAUUGAACUCAUAGGUAAAUUAAUGCAAUCCUCGAACAAAUUACCUCCACGAUCCAAUGUCUCGACAAUUGACAUUCCAUUCAUUCCAGUCUAUCAGGGACAGGGGAUGUAAAUUUGCAAGGUACUUGAGAGAUCGCCCAACGAUUCCUAAUGACAAUUUUUGCCUAAAUUUGUAUCAACCAUCUUGUUUUACAACCGUCCUGUUCUUUUCGUUUAGAAAAUGGAGGAACAAUUUUCGCGAAAUCAGGAAGCUUUCAUUCUCCGAAUUAUCCGUUACCUUAUUCAGUGUCACGUGACCGUGUAUGGAUCAUUACAAAUGGCCAAUCAAACGGCAGUUCUAUAACCUUGAGCUUUGAUGAUUUUUCUGUGGGCAAAAACGAUGGAACAGGGAUAUGCAAGAAUGAUUACUUAGAUAUCAGAAAUGGCAAAGGAUUUUUAUCACAAUAUCUCACUCAACUUUGUGGCAAUGAAAAACCUGACCCCGUCACAGUGUUAGGUGAAAGUAUAUACAUUAGGCUACAUUCACAAUUGUUGAAUCAUAAAUCUCCUGAAGUCAAGAAAGGAUUUUCAGUUCGUUUUAAAACGGAUGGUUAGUAUUUUCGACAUGAUAAAAUAUGUUUUUUAAACGAAUUAUGCAUUUAAUAUGUGUUAUGAAGCCACAUAUGUGUCUUCAUGUAGAUUUAACGAUAGGAACUGUGGCACAGGAGGGCGGCAGGGCCGGGAAGGGCACUUUAUAUUUUAUACCAAUUUUGAUGUAGAAAAUAAAAAUGAUACAUACUUUAAAAGCAUAGUGAAAAGCUUUAUGGGCAAAGACGUGUCGGGAUUGGAAGUAACUUUGCGAUCGAUAGGAUUGCAUUUCGUGAUCUAGCGAAAAGAAAGUGAGAGAUAUAAACUAUUUCAAUUGAGAAGAUCGAAAAAAGGUUAUGUUAUUUUAAUCAAGACAAAAUCUUUCAGAUAGUGUUGAUAGAACAUUGAUAUCUUUUGAAUUUGCUUCAUAAAUUAUUCUUGUUGAUUGUGGUGAUUUUUUUAUUUUUGUAGAAUGCAGCAAAGAAAUGACGAGCAUGCAAGAUUCGUUCAGCACACCAAACUUCCCUGCUCGUUACAACUCUAACACUGAUUGCGUAUGGCAAAUCCAGGUUCCUAAAGGUUAUAGAAUAAAUAUCACGUUCAAGACAUUUCAUCUUCAAGGUGUAGAUAACAAGAAAGGAUGUUUAGAUUAUGUUGACCUCCGUGAUGGUGAUUCUCCAUUUUCAACUUUCCUUGGACGUUUUUGCGGCGACAAUAAUCCUGGUGUCGUUACCUCAACUUCAAUUUCAUUUCGAGUGAUCUUCCAUUCAUCUUCACCACAUAACGAAACAUCGGCAGUUGGAUUUAGUGCGAGUUAUGAAACCGUUGGUAAGUUGCAUGACCUACGAUGCAAAAGUUAGCGUGGGAAUAUAAACUAGGAAUGUAAUAGGUCAGGUAACGUAACAAGAACGUUAACCUAGCUUGUUCACGGGUAGAAUUUUGGCUUAACCGCCGAUUGACAGGAAUGAAAACUCACUCUCGUAACUUCUGGUAUUCUAUUCUGUAGACAUAGAUGAAUGCGCUGAAAAACUAUCAGAAUGUGAACAAGCUUGUAUUAAUACAAAAGGUGGUUAUUUAUGUGGAUGUCGCGCUGGAUAUUCUUUCAUUUAUGGACUCUAUGGAACAUGCGUUGGUAUGUUGUGAAUAUGUAUUUCAUGAAUUUACGAAUUUCCACACAUUCCUCUGAUAGAAUUUCAUCAUUACAUUUUUCAUCGCUUUUUCAUCACUUCCGAAGAUAGAAUUGUCUGAAUGUUAAACGCGAGAUCUUUUCCGACAAAAGUCCAUCUCUUUGAAUGGUUUACUGUCGCAUUGUUUCCUGAUAUAAUAUUCUAUUUUAAUUUCUGAGGAAACUUUUCCAUGCCUAUUUGAUUUAUUGGCCCAAUUUUAUUAGGGAUGAUCCGUUUGGACGAACCUGGGCAAAUAAUAUAAGUUUUUUCUGUAGUCUUUUGGUUAUGUGCGGCAAACAGAUGGAUCACCUUCAAGAUGAACUAUCUGCGUAAUUUUCCUACUCGUUCUUCAAGACGAAAUUACGUGCGUUCGUCUUUGUUGAUCCUUCCGUGCGGCACUAGACAAACUAUUAGCCAAAUAUCAGGCAUAUCAUUCUAGUUAGUUCGUCUUGUUAUUACACAAAGACGGGAGGUUCCUGAAUUGGGAUGAUCCGUCGAAUAUUUGAAAAUGGAAAAAUUGAAACGAGAAAAUAUACCCUGGGAUAGUUAUAAUGUAUACAAGGUCCUCUUGCAGAUAAGAACGAGUGUGAAGAGAACAAUGGUGGAUGUUCCCAUGAUUGUGAAAAUACUGACGGAAGUUUUUACUGUACAUGUCCUGAAGGUCAUUAUCUUGUUCAAUAUGGCAAGGUUUGCACUGGUAGGUUGCUUUUUUAUCCCAAAAUUUGAAAACUACGAAUACGCAUGCUGUGUCUUUUAAUCAGUUGUUUCAUUCUUCUCAGAUAUAGAUGAAUGUGCAUUAAAACCAUGUGCGCAUGCGUGUAAAAACUAUGUUGGAGGAUUUGAAUGUUUAUGUAAUGAAGGAUAUGAAAUGAAUGACGACAAGAGAACAUGUAGAGGUGAGAUCACGUGUAAAGGCAUGGACAAACCAGGAAACACUCAUGCGCGAAAACAUUGUUUCCAAGCCAUGCUCUAAGGGUAUGCAAGAUGACAAUUUGGGCUAGUAUUCCAAAGGUCGUAGGUUCGAUUCCCACCGUGGCCGGGCAUAAGCUCGCCCGGUGUGGAUAUACACUCAGGGUAACAUCAUAAAUAUCAUAUUCACCUGAGUACACAACACCAACACAGAAAAAAAAAGAUGACAAUGUUUCCUAGUAUGUCCAGGUCUUAUGACAGGCGAUUACAGGAUGAAUUUGAAAGGCACAUUGUCGCGUCUGUCCUUUAUUUGAUAUUGUUUCUUUGUGUUGAUAUUUUUUAUAACUUUACAUUCGUCAUUAUCAAGUAUGAUAUCGGUAUUCAAACCCGAGUUUAUACCUAAUAUUUUUUUUGUAUUUAAAGUGGCUCGAUACAGUAAUCCUCGCAAAUUCCUUUAUACAAGAAUCCCGAAAACAAAACUAAAUGCUAUAUGAACAAACCCGUGUGACCAAUGCCAUAAAAAAUGACAUUUUUGCGUUACAGAAAAUGGCAUUACAAAUUUUUUUGUUUUGCUAUUGUUACUUGUUAGUUUAUUUUUUAUGUGCAAUCAUGGAUUGUAAAAUAACAAAUUAGUAUCCAUGGUGCAAUGGUGGUUUAUUUUAUUAUCCAUGGUACAAUGAUGCACGAAAAGAUUGGAGGUCACCGUGCUUCUUUUCCACAACAGGAAGAAAGAAUAUUAAUUUUUCGUUUCUCCAGGAUAUUAAUUUUUGUUAAGCCUGCUAUAUCAUUUUUUUACAUCUAGACAUAAAUGAAUGCUUGAGCUCACCAUGCCCUCAAACGUGUAUAAAUACUGAAGGAAGUUUCAAAUGUUCGUGUAACUCUGGCAGUAUAUUGGAUAAAAACACCAAUUCUUGUAAAGGUAAAAAAAUGUUGAACGAUUGAAUUUUAUUGAUCCAUUAAUUCAUCAUCAAGUGCUGUUGUUUGAAGUUGACCAAAAAAAAUCUUGACCCAAGAACUAAAUGAUGAUGCAAUAUGCAUGUCACACAACACUUGCUCUAGUUUUACAUCACUUAUGAUGCCUGCCAGGUUUUCACUAGCGUCGUGAGAAAAAGCGUAAGAAACGACAAGAGGCGAAACAAAGAAAUGUGGUGAAUUUUGCCAUGGGCAGAACAAAAGAAGUCAUCUUUCUGCUUAUUCGUAUGCCUGAAGUUGUAACACUGAUGUUAUUUCAGUUAUUUCAUCGCAGCCGUUAACAAACUAUGCAAUGCAAGAUGAUAGCAUUAACUGUCAUAAGAACAUGUAACAAUGUUUCGAAUCCUUUGGUAAACUAACGUAUUGAUUGUUUUCAUGGUCCUUACUGGCACCUGUGGUGGAGGCCAAAUCUUAAUCUCGUAUUGUAUUUUAUUGUAAUGCAUUGAUUGCAUUGCACUACGUUACAUUGUACUGUACUGUACUGUACUGUACUGUACUGUACUGUACUGUACUGUACUGUACUGUACUGUACUGUACUCAACUAAAACUGUUGCAUUGCAUUGCAUUGCACUAAAACUGUUGCAUUGCAUUGCAUUGCAUUCUUAAGUUAGCUUUAUUUAAUGUUAUUUUCAUAUAGUUAUUUUCCACUAUUUUCAUAGAAAAACUUGACCAAUGUUUUUAACUUAUAGUCCUUCCUUCAUGUGGUGGAAUAUUGAGUGAAUCGAGCGGAGAAGUUUCGUCGCCAUUGCUCCCCAGACCCCUACCACACGACAUUGAGUGUUCCUGGAACAUACUUGUGCCACGUGCAACACACAUGAACAUCGACGUGAUGGUUGCUUGGCGACGGGAUGAGGAAUGUUCCAAUCAUAUAUUGAUAAGAUACACAGAUGACACAUCAGAUGACAAUGAAAAGACGGUAAAGAUUUGUGGCAGAGAAGACUUGGUUGGGAAUCGUGCAAUCAGAUCUAACGAUGUCUGGAUUGAAUAUCAUAUCGAGGUAUACACUAUUCAGUCUCUUACCUCCCAACGCUUACAAUCGUAGCACUAAUCCUACUCCAAUUCUCACCUUAAUCAUAUCCUAAUCAUAACCCAUAUCCUAACCAAAAUACUAUACCGUCCUGUGCAUCAGUUAUUUGACGUCAUUGUGCAUGGAGGGAAUUAAAAGAAACCCCACGUGGGAUUCUUUUCCAGGCCCUGGGCAAAGAUUGACAUUGCGGAAACCAUGUAUACCAAAGUUGGACAAACCAGGAAACAUUUGUCAGAAACAUUUGCCAGAAGAGUAAUUUAAAAUUUUACACCUUACAUUUUUCAGGCCGCAACGGCUUCUAUAAGGUAAUAUAGUAUUUAACCAUUUUCUCUAUUCUAGACGGCACGCAAGAGUGAGAUGAGUUUAAGAUACACAACAAAAGACUCUCAAUGUAAAAAAACAUUGACUGGAGCUACAGGAACAAUCAAGACUCCUGGUUUCCCUUUCAAAUAUCCUGCUAACACUCGUUGUGAAUGGAGAAUCAAGAAUACAGUGAACCGUCGACUCCGUCUCAAGUUCGACAUCUUUGACAUUGAAACGUCAGAAGAAAGUUCCUGUAAAUACGAUUACUUAGAUAUCACGUUAAGAACAAGCGAUCGUAGAUAUUCUAGAAAUAUGGGCAAGUUUUGUGGAUCCACUUUAGGACGACGUGUGUUUAGGAUUGAUCCAGGGAGAGAACUUAUUCUAGUCUUUAAAUCAGAUUCAACAAUUCAUAGAGAUGGAUUUCACGCUGAAUUUAAAAUGGUUAGAAACUAAAUUUUAGAUCAAACUCUCCAUUUCUUCACUCUAACAACACUCUGGUUAAUCUUCGUGGUUAAACGUCGUGCAGGUUAACCUGUAAACAACCCUAUUUGGGUUAACUUAAUAUUCCUAGGUUUUUUACACAGUUGUCUGGUUAACAUGACCAGGUCUUCUGGUCUUCGGGUUCCUGGUAACCAGAUUAUGUUAGGUGGAUUAAUAACCAGGGCCAGGCGGCCUGGUUAUUUAUCCAUCUACAGUAACAUGGUUAAUUUAAGCAUACAGGAAAAUUAAAAAUAACAAGGAAAAUUAACCUAGAGUAUUAAGUUAACCGAAUACGGUUAUAUCUAGGUUAACCAGGAAAUAUUAACCAGAGCAUUUUUAGAGUGUUGUAGUCACUUAUAUAUAAGUUUAAUUAGUAUACACUAAUAGUGUGUGCAAUGAGCAUUAUCUAAAUGGACAUAAACUUAGCAUUGUCUGUCUGGUCACGACACAACGAUCGGAAUGUUUCAUUGUCUUUUUGUUGUUUUGAAAUUCCUUCCAUGCUAUCCAGUCGCUCAGUUUUAACAUAUUUGUGACGUUAAGCCUGGUUCACAUAUGCAUGCGGUAUGCCUGCGACUGUAUCAUUAUGCCUCUACUUGCCGCCGAAAUACCGGCAAAGUUGAACUCAAGUCAACUUUCCCGGCCUACCGCCGAUGUAACUGUGGCACUGGAGGCAAUCGGUGAUAUGUGAACCAGGCUUUAUGCUAAAUGUGUAUUAAUAGGUAUUGCAAUUUUACCAUAUAUGUUGUCUAGUGAAACAUUAAACGAUAUUAGAAUUUAAUGAUAGAAAUUGUACUAAAAUCGGAUCUUAUAGGCUACUAUCCAUGAAGAAUGGAUUGUUAUAUCAAAUUAUAUAGUGUAUAUAUAAUAUAGUUCAUAUCAUGUGGGAAUAUCUUUAAGUGCCGCACAAAUUAAAACAACUGCUUAAUAGAAUAAGCAAUCUUUUGCAUGCAGGAGUCAGGAGAUAAAUUUAAUAUAACUGAAAAACAACUAUAUACCUGAGAAAUAAAAAGUUCGAUGUUUCGAGCGAAGGCCCUAUCUAAUUAGUCUGGACGUUAUUGUAAGUUAGUAUAGUUAGUUGCUAUUAACUUCCAGACUAGGGCCUUCGCUUGUAAGAUAUGCUCCAAAGUUCCCUUCAAAGUGCCUUUUUCGUCAGACAAACACUGACAAAGGUGCCUUGAAGAUGUAGUCCUCCUCUUACUGAACGUUUAACAAUUAAUACCAGCUUAUAUAUAAUGUUCAAAAUUGUAAUAGGUUUUUAACUUUGUGUGUAUUAUAGAUUUUUAAAAUUAUAUAUAUAUAUAUAUAUAUAUAGAAUUUUUUUAAAUUUUAUGUAACUUAAUUAUAUCUGUUUCUAUACCUAUUGUUGUACAUUGUUCAUUAAAAUUCUUAAAUUAAGCCGCC